AUGCGUGAUUUACCAUUAGCGCCAGAAUCGACUCAAUCUGAAAACGCGAAAUGUGAAUUAAUUCGCACAAAUCCUAAUAUAGCUGAUGAAUUAAAACUACAAAAUCUUAUAAAUCCAUUCGAAAAUGUAUUCUUAAAUCAAUUAUUAUCAGUUGAUGAUAUCAUAAGAUCUGCGGCUGCUGGAUGCGUUCCAAAGCUAAUGGCAAGAGAUUGUUCACUUUCAUUAUGUUACCAUCUUUCUUAUCGAACUUAUGACGGCGUAUGUAAUAAUUUAAAUCGUCCGCUUCAAGGUGCAGCAUUUCAGCCUUUCCUUAGAAUUCUUCCACCCGUCUACGAUGAUGGAAUUUCAGAACCUGUUUCAUCACUGCGAUUAACUCGGCCAUCAUCUCGAGAAGCGUCACGAUUAUUGCUUGCAAGUGCCCAAAGUAUUGUGCACGAUAAAUUUAACACACUCAUUAUGCAGUGGGGACAAUUUAUAUCACAUGAUGUCGCCAAAACUACUUUACAGCCAUCCACUCCAUGCAAAACAUGUAGUCCAGUACCAUCAAAGUGUAUGACGAUAAUGAUCUCACCUAACGACAGAAAUAUGGAAUUUCGGAAACGUGGCUGCUUAAAGAUAUCACGAUCAGCUCCAGUUUGUGGCACAGGUCGACAUCCUUUACAACGGGAACAGUUGAACGAAAACACAGCAUUUAUAGAUGCAUCACCGAUUUAUGGAUCCUCGCUGAAAGACCUCAGUAAAUUCCGUGAUGGUCGAAGCGGGUUUCUCAAAAUGACUCGAUUUAACAAUCAGUUGGUUUUACCUUUUGACCAGUCGAAAUGUACCUCUCCUGACAAAUGCACUGUGACUUUCACUGCAGGAGACAUAAGAGUUAACUUAUUCAUUGGCCUUUCAUCAAUGCAUAUUCUAUUUGCUCGAGAGCAUAAUCGAAUAGCUGCCAUUCUACAGCGCCAAAAUCCGAAUUGGUCAGGUGAUCGUUUAUUUCAAGAAGCGAGAAAAAUUGUCGGAGCUGAAGUACAAAUUAUUCUCUAUAAAGAAUUUCUGCCAAAGGUGCUAGGCAAUUCUAUGGCUCAAGUGAUUGGACCUUAUAAUGGUUAUGAUCCUCAAGUUGAUCCGACCAUUUCAAAUGUAUUCACAAGUGCGGCUUACAGAUUUGGUCAUGGAAUGCUCGAGGAAUUUUAUAGGCGUAUUGACUUCAGAAAUGUUUCCCAUGAAGGUUACAUGUUCAGUGAUGGUAUUUUCAAAUCAAAAAAAAUACUUUUUGAAGGAGGAAUUGAUCCUAUCUUAAGAGGAUUUAUGAUGACACCUGUUAAAAGGCCUCAUCGCAUGACCUUGUCGAUUACAGAGAAAAUGUUUGGAAGCACGGAUUUGGGUUCAGUGAAUAUUCAACGUGGUCGUGAUCAUGGAUUGCCAUCAUAUAAUCAUUGGAGACAAUUUUGUGGCAAACCUUUAGCAAAUGAUUUCGAAGGAUUAAGAAAUGAAAUUCUUGAAAAAAAUAUUCGUGAUGCUUUGAAACGUACCUAUAGAACUCCAAAUGAUAUUGAUCUUUAUAUUGGUUCUAUGGUAGAAGAUCCAGUAAUUGGAGGUUUGGUUGGUCCAACUCUCGCUUGUUUAGUUGGUGAACAGUUUAAAAGGCUGCGGGACGGUGAUCGGUUCUAUUAUGAGAAUCCAGGUGUAUUUACCUCAGCUCAACUGCAAGAGUUAAGAAAAAUAACUCUAGCCAAUGUGAUUUGCAACAAUGCUGAUAAUUUUCAAGUGAUAUCAGAAGAUGCAUUCUUAUUGCCUCAAGGCAAUAGUAUACCAUGCAGUUCUCUUCCAACAAUCGACCUAACAAAAUGGAAAGACUAA